AUGGGGACAGAAAAUGACACAAGAAUUUCAGAAUUCCUUCUGCUGGGGUUUUCAGAGGACCCAGAACAGCAGCCCCUCAUAUUUGGGCUUUUCCUGUCCAUGUACCUGGUCACUGUGCUGGGGAACCUGCUCAUCAUCCUGGCCACCAUCUCAGACUCCCACCUGCACACGCCCAUGUACUUCUUCCUCUCCAACCUGUCCUUUGUGGACAUGUGCUUCACUUCCACCACCAUCCCCAAGAUGCUGGUGAACAUCCAGACACAGAGCAAUGUCAUCGGGUUUAAAAGCUGCAUCGCUCAAAUGCAUUUCUUCCUGCUCUUUUCAGUGGUAGACAUCUUUUUGCUGACCAUAAUGGCUUAUGACCGCUUUGUGUCCAUCUGUCACCCUCUGCACUACACAGUUAUUAUGAAGCCCUGGUUCUGUGUGUGGCUGGUUCUGGUGUCCUGGGUUGUGAGUAUGUCACAUGCAUUGUUGCAAAGCUUAUUGAUGUUGCUACUAUCCUUCUGCACAGAUGUGGAAAUCCCCCAUUUUUUCUGUGAACUUAAUCAGGUGGUCCACCGAGCCUGCUCUGACACUUUUCUUAAUGAUGUGGUGAUAUACUUUGCAACUGUGCUACUGGCUGGUUGUCCCCUUGCUGGUAUCCUUUACUCUUAUUCUAAGAUAGUGUCCUCCAUCCGUGCAAUCUCAUCAGCUCAGGGAAAAUACAAAGCCUUCUCCACCUGUGCAUCUCACCUCUCUGUGGUCUCCUUGUUUUAUGGCACAAGCCUAGGUGUGUACCUCAGUUCUGCUGUGACCCCAAACUCACGCUCUACUGCAACAGCCUCGGUGAUGUACAGCGUGGUCACCCCCAUGCUGAACCCCUUCAUCUACAGUCUGAGGAAUAAGGACAUCAAGAACGCUCUGAGAAGACUCUGUGACAAAGAGAAACUGUGA